AUGGCGGCAUCACUGUUCACCUUCUCCUCCACUUCAAGAAGAGUCAUCCCAGCUCCAAACUCUCCUCCUCUUUCCAUAUACAUCAAAGCCACAAAUGUUGUUUUCAACCCUGAUAUACUAGAUGUUCAUCGCGGUCUUGGACUUGAUGAUUUUGUCAAUUUCUUAGUCUUUUUCCGACUUCGAUACGCAAUUAGUGAGGUUCCAUCAGAGUUCUUUCCCAAACAAGUAUGUGAGUUCUACUACACUGCAACGGUUAAUGAUGAAAACAACGUCAUCUCCCGGACUAUUGGGCGUGGCCGACACUCCGUUUUUAUCACCGCUGAUUUCCUCAGUGUUGCGCUCAGGUUACCAAUAUUUGAACCAUUCUCUGAGAUUCCACCUACUGAACGUUGUCGACGCCUCUUUGAUCAACUGGGCUAUGAUCACUCAAAGGCUGGUGCUCGAUCAGCUCUCAUUCUGCAUCAAUGUAUGACUCCAGGAUGGAAGUUCUUCACCGGGGUUCUGUGCAAAUGUGUGGGCCACAAAUCUCGCAGUGGUGAUCAACUGAGUACUUAUGAGCAACAAGUUGUCUAUUCUCUUCUUCUCAACAAACGUCUUGAUUAUGGGGCUUUCUUCUUUGAUCAGCUUGUCCAACUUCUUCGGGCCAAUGUACGCGCUGAUCAUGUCCCCUUUCCACGUUGGAUUGCUCUUGUCCUAGAUAAAUUUUUCGCUGAAGCCUACUACUCCCACUCUGGAAACCCCAUCCAAUGCCCACGCAUGUCAGUACGAAUGUAUCAGGAUGAUCCAAUGAAAAAUGACAUCAGCAUCUCUGAUCGAAUGAGAGAAUGGAUCGCAAAUCCAUAUACUGUUCCUUCACUAACCGCUGAUACUGAUGAAGGAGCUGAUGGUAACAACGAAAAUCAUGCUGAUCAACAAGCUGAAACGCAGGAUGGUGGUCAUCUCUCCCCUCAACUUUCUCAUCAUACUCUUUCUGACACUGAAAGGGUUCUCUCAGCUCAAGGGGAGCAGCCAUCCCAGGGGGAGCAACCUUCUCAGGGGGAGCAACAUCGCUCACAAGAAGUUCCAGGUACUCAGUUAAUUCAUAUUCCGGCCUCAGCUUUUAAUGAGCUUCUUACACUGACUCGGGACAUGAGUCAGCAUCUUCUACGAAUUGAGGUUGAUGUCCACCAACUGAAGGGAGUUCUUUUUCCAACUCCUUCCCCUGGACCCCAACAUGAUGAUGAUCAAAAAGGGGGAGAAACUGACUCAGUUGAGCUUGGAUCUGAAGAUAACAUUCUAAACCAGACCGAGCCACCACAGCCUGUGCACGAGUCUGAUAAAAUAGCAUAA